GGUAAAACGGCAUUAAUUACGGGUGGUGCCACGGGAAUUGGCAAAAUGAUGGCGAAAGCAUUUGUUAAGAAUGGUGUUAAAGUUUAUAUCGCAUCAAGAAAUAAAAAAAAUCUCGAUCAAGAGCUAACAAAAAUGGGACCUGGUGUAUGCUAUGGCAUUGAAGCGAAUUUAACUACUAAAGAAGCAUGUGAAAAGCUUGCUGCAGAGAUUAAAAAUUUAGGAAAUGAAAAACUUGAUAUUCUUGUGAAUAAUGCAGGAAUGAUAAACUUUAAGGCUACUUUAACAGAUUGUCCUGAAGAUAUGUGGGAUGAGAUGUAUAGUUUACAUGUCAAAAGCGUUUAUUAUUUAACAAUUGCCUGUUUACCAUUACUUGAAAAAGCUAGCAAUAAACCAGUUGAUCCAUCAAGAGUGAUUAUAACUGGAAGCAUUCUUGGUAUUGGCAAUGGUGAACUCAAGCUUGCACAAAAACUUGGAUUAUGUUCCACGACCUAUGUCUCUUCUAAACAUGCUGUACAUAGUGUUGCGAAAAAUCUAGCUGUUCAUCUUGCUCAACGAGGAAUAAACGUUAAUGUUCUUGCACCUGGAGUUGUUCCUGUAAAUGAUGCGUUGAACGAAUUUAUUGACGCUGCUAUCUGUGAAGUUCCUCAAGGUAAACUUGGAAAUGAAUCAGAUUUAGCUGGUGCAGCAAUAUACUUAUCCUCACGCGCUAGUAGUUGGGUAACAGGUACGGAAAUUGUAAUUGAUGGUGGAACUCUUUUAAACUUUAAAAUAUCAGACGAGUAG